AAAUGGAAUAAACAAGCCCCGGCCCGGGCCCAUUGACGAGCCGCCUCCGCCCCUCUCCCCCGGCGGGCUGAGCCGCGCGGCCCCUUUAAGAGAAGCACAGUCUCGCCCCCUACUCCCCCCUUCCGGAGUCGGAGCUCCGGGUGACGGCGGCGGCUCCCGCGGCCCCUCCCCAUGGUGCUGAGGCUGGCGGCGUUGCCAUGAACAGCGGCGGCCUCCCCUGCCCGUCCCCGGCGGGCCCGUCCCCGGUGGCGGGGGCCCCGGCGGGGGUCGGGGCGGUGGGGGUCCCGGUCCCGGCCCCCGGCGCGGGGCUGAAGCUGAAGUUCUGCCGCUACUACGCCAAGGACAAGACCUGUUUCUACGGGGAGGAGUGCCAGUUCCUGCAUGAGGAGCCCGGCGCCGCCCCCGCUUGCCCCGGGCCCCCGCCCGCCCUCGGGGGGCUCCCGCUCGGCCUGCCCGGCCCCAGCGUCCCCGCCGCCGGGCCCGGCUACCCGCACGGGGCAGCCCCCGGAGCGGCGGCGGCGGUGGGGCCUAAGAAGGCCGAGCUGGGGGGCAGCCACGGCGCCGGCGGAGGAGGAGGCGGCGGGGGGCUGGAUGGACCGCGGCUGGCGAUUCCUGGAAUAGAUGGCGGUGGUUUAGCUGAUGCUGGUCUCACAGAUUCCUACUUUAGUACCAGCUUCAUUGGUGUUAAUGGAUUUGGAAGUCCUGCUGAAGCAAAAUAUCCCAUGAUGCAGAGGAUGACAAAUAGCAGCAGUUCCCCUAGCCUUCUCAAUGACACUGCCAAGCAGUAUGCAGGCCAUGACCCACUGACUUCACCGGCUUCAUCCUUGUUUAAUGACUUUGCUGCCCUCAGUUUAUCUCAAAGGAGAAAGCCAAGGAAGUAUCGACUGGGGAUGCUGGAGGAGAGGAUAGUUCCGGUGGGAUCAAAGGCACGAAAAUCAAAGAACGCUAUUGGCUGUCUGGCUGACAGGUGUAAAACAGGAGUACCCAUCAAUAUGGUUUGGUGGAACAGAGUCACAGAAAACAAUUUUCAGACCCCAAAUCCUACUGCAAGUGAGUUUAUUCCGAAAGGAGGAUCAACUUCCAGGCUGAAUAAUGUUUCUCAGUCAAGUAUGUCUGCCUUCUCUCAAGCCUUGUUCUCUCACCCUUCCAUGGGAAGUCCUGCUACUGCUGGACUAGCUCCAGGAAUGUCACUGUCUGCAGGAUCUUCUCCUCUUCACUCCCCUAAAAUUACUCCUCACACAUCUCCUGCUCCUAGAAGAAGAAGUCAUACUCCAAACCCAGCAAAUUAUAUGGUGCCUACUAGUGCCUCUACUCCUGUUACUAAUGCUGUCUCCCAACCUCCAUCUACUGGCCAGGUGAUUCAGAAGGAAACUGUGGGUGGAACAACAUAUUUCUACACUGAUACAACUCCAGCCCCUCUCACAGGAAUGGUAUUUCCAAACUAUCACAUUUACCCUCCCACUGCACCUCAUGUUGCUUAUAUGCAGCCAAAAGCAAAUGCACCUUCCUUCUUCAUGACAGAUGAACUCAGACAGGAGCUGAUCAACCGACAUUUAAUAACAAUGGCUCAAAUUGAUCAAGCAGAUAUCCCUGCAGUCCCUACAGAAGUUGACAGCUACCACAGCCUUUUCCCUUUAGAACCACUGCCACCACCCAAUCGGAUACAGAAAACAAGCAACUUUGGGUACAUUACAUCAUGCUACAAAGCUGUAAAUAGCAAAGAUGAUCUGCCAUAUUGCCUUCGGAGGAUACAUGGUUUCCGUCUUGUUAACACAAAGUGUAUGGUAUUGGUUGACAUGUGGAAAAAAAUUCAACACUCAAAUAUUGUAACUCUGCGUGAAGUGUUUACCACUAAAGCAUUUGGAGAACAUUCUCUUGUGUUUGCAUAUGAUUUUCAUGCUGGAGGAGAGACUAUGAUGAGCAGACACUUUAAUGACCCUAGUGCUGAUGCCUAUUUCACUAAAAGGAAAUGGGGUCAGCAUGAUGGGCCUCUGCCCCGGCAGCAUGCUGGGUUAUUACCAGAGUCUCUUAUUUGGGCAUAUAUUGUGCAGCUCAGCUCUGCAUUGAGGACCAUUCAUACAGCAGGAUUAGCAUGUCGAGUUAUGGAUCCAACAAAGAUUCUAGUAACGGGCAAAACAAGGUUACGAGUGAAUUGUGUUGGAGUCUUUGAUGUUUUAACAUUUGAUAACAGUCAGAAUAAUCCACUGGCACUAAUGGCUCAGUUUCAGCAAGCAGAUCUGAUCUCACUAGGAAAAGUUGUGUUGGCAUUGGCUUGCAAUUCUUUGUCAGGAAUUCAGAGAGAAAAUUUGCAGAAAGCUAUGGAACUGGUGACAAUCAACUAUUCCUCUGAUCUGAAGAAUCUGAUUUUGUAUUUGCUGACUGACCAGAAUAGGCUUCGCAGUGUAAAUGAUAUCAUGCCUAUGAUUGGUGCACGAUUCUAUACUCAACUGGAUGCUGCUCAAAUGAGAAACGAUGUUAUAGAGGAAGACCUUGCAAAGGAGGUGCAGAAUGGAAGGUUGUUUAGGCUUCUAGCAAAAUUGGGAACAAUCAAUGAGAGACCAGAAUUUCAGAAAGACCCAACUUGGUCAGAAACUGGAGACCGAUAUCUACUGAAGCUCUUUCGGGAUCAUCUUUUCCAUCAGGUGACAGAAGCGGGCACUCCUUGGAUUGACCUCAGUCACAUUAUCUCAUGUCUUAACAAGUUAGAUGCUGGUGUGCCAGAAAAAAUAAGCCUCAUUUCCAGAGACGAGAAGAGUGUACUUGUGGUAACUUACAGCGAUUUAAAACGCUGCUUUGAAAAUACUUUUCAAGAACUAAUUGCAGCCGCAAAUGGUCAGUUGUAGUAUUUGCUGAAAGCAUGCAGGACAUUGCUGAGGAACUUCACCAAUAGCAAAUUGCACUACAGCUGAACUGUUGUUGUCAUCUCAUUUCAUAUUUGGGAAACAAACAGGAGAUGAGCAAAGCUGCUUGCACUUCAGUCAGGUACACUGUUACUUGAAGGGAAGAAUGUUUCAUUUAUCCUAGAGCUAUGGCUGCCAUUGGAGGCUUUAUCUGUGAAGAAUUUAUUUUAGAUUAAGGAACACAUCAGGUGCAUGAUGUUCCUGCUUUUAUUUUUUCCACUUGUAUAUGCACUAAUUUUAAUUUUUUUAAGACUUUUCUGAUCUCUGAUGUUUUGCCACAUUGUAUACUUAUUAAGGGAAACUCUUUGCAAGGACAUUUCUGGGAUACAUUUUUGUCACUGAGGAUAUUGCUCAAUUUAUUCAUUUUGAUAUUAUUUGCACCCAGAAUAGCAUAAAGGACCAGGGAAAUAAUUUCAUAGAAAUUGUGUUCUAUAAAUGAGAGUUUAGUUUGUAAUCUCUGUAAAAGUGUGUUGUAUGCGAGCUCUGUAUGCCACCCACGGUUAGUUAACAAACCAACCAGAAGAUGCAUAUUUAAAAAAAAAAUCAAGUAUCAGUGAAUUGACAUGUAUAAAAUCCCUUCUCAUUUAAGCCUUGUCUAAGCAAAGUGACAAAAUAGCAACCUUUGAAACACCUAUAAUUUAAGGGGCAUAUCAAAUUUGCUCUAAACACAACCAGCGCCUUUAAAAACUGUUUGUAUGUUUUCCUGCUAGUCAGCUGCAUUUACAUUUAUGCAAUUUUUUUUAACAGAAUUUUUUUAAAGAAAUUGUGUUAAAUGCCUGAAGUUUCAGGAGUGUAUUACUUUAGGUUAUUUACAGUAUAAUUUUCGUAUAAAGUUCUGUUCUUUGAACCACAGCUUUAUUAUGGUACUCUACACUGGAUACAGAAACAAAGACACUGUUAAGAAGAUUAACUAAACACAGCAGUUGUCUGGCAUCAAGAGCUUUUGAAGUUUUACAACCUGAAUCUGGAGGGAUAAUGAUCUGCUGUGCCUUUGCAGUCACUGCUUAGCCCAAAGUAAUAUUACUUUUGAUAAUACUCAACACAUGAAUAUUCCUGAAGUAAUUCAGUCUGGAAUUUUCCUCCUCAAUUAACUUUCUAAUAUUUGGACAUGCAGUUGUCUCCAAACUUGGGUAUUCCUGGGAUUUAUAGUAAAAGAUAAACACCUACACUUUGAUAUUGAAGACUGCCAAAUAUGUAGGAAUUUCCUUUCGUAAAGCAGUAGUGAAGACUGUAUCUAUCCUUUCCCAGCACUGAAUAUUUUAAUAGCACUGGGUGCUCACCAUGAAGAAAAUGUGGAAACUCAAAAGGUCAGGACAGACUCUAAGCACUUGCAACUGAUGUUACUGACAUCAAUUUUAAUAAUUCUCAAUAUUUGUAGUUUUCAGAGAAGUUUUUAAUAUUUCUCUGUCCACUUUUAUAAGCUUUAAAAUGAUUCUCCGCCUUGAGACUUGCAUCAAGAAAAGCAACUCUCUUCACAUCGAAAGCUUUGAAGACUAGGGACGUGCUUUACAUAUUUUAGAAAAUGUGGUUGAGUCUGCAUUUGGUAGCAUCAGUUGUUGAGUUAAAAAUCAAUUAUUGUUGCAUUUGAUCUGAAUGAAUUUUAAAAGUAACAUAAUGUUUAAUAUUCAAAGGAUGACAAUUGCCACAAUAUUGUUCUUUUUAAUGUAAAAGGAACAGGAACUUUGAGAAGUGAACAUGCAAAACAGUCUUUUAUCAUUAGCUCAUGUAUUUGAGGAAGAGCAGCUGUCUUUUAUAUGUUUUUUGACAAAUCAUAUUGUAAUUCUUUUGUACAAAAAAGAAGUACUUGUAUACUAGAAGAAAUAUGAAAUGCUUAAUUUAUAAGCGGGCUGAGGUUUUUUCCAGUAUUGUUUUCUUUGAAAAUGAAAGGGGAUCAUCUGUUCAGUUGUGGGGUUUGGGAACCUUUGGAAAAUUUAAUUUGUGGACCAAUAUUUUGUGAAAGUUAAGGCAGGGGUAAAAUAGGGCUUGAAUUCUCAUCCUUCCUAGACCAGCAAACCAUCCUCUGUGAGACAAGUCUAGAAUGCAAACUUACAUGUAUUUGCAUAAUGUCAGUUUGCUUCAGCCCCUAGUAACCUCAGGACUUGGUUUAAAAAAAAAGAAAAAAGAAAAAAAAAAAGUAGACAGCUAAUAAGUUUUCAUAAGUAACUACUGUCAGCCAGAAAACAUUUGGUGUCAGGUAAUACAUAAAAGAAAUAAUUGUUGAGCUUUGUUUUCUAUUUAUUUCAUUUGGUCCAUAUUUGGGAAUGAUUUGAACAGUCUGAAGUUCUGCUUGGGUGUUUUUUGGGGAGAGCCCUUCUACCGCAUUUUAAUUCCAUUAAGAAGGUUGUCCUAAAGUUAUAAUCUCUUCCAUUCCGACGAAGAGCUGUAUGUGUAUAGUUAAAAAAACAAAAACCACCCAGGACAUACCCUGCCAUGUGGGAAAUUAUUGUGAUCUUCCUAUCUUUACAGCUAAAAGCACAGAAAGGACAACCUUUGAAAUCAUGUGAUGUUAGUCAUUUUAAUUUUUGUACCUGUUUUUAAAUUCUGUCUAUGUAUUUACUACACUGUAAAUGUUUGAGGGUACCUAUGUAUUUUAUUUUAUUUUUUUUUGGCCCUUGUUUCAGUAAUUCAAAUGUCAACAGCUUUCCCUAAAAAGCACCAGUAUGUUAAGUUCUGUCAUGAUCCCAAUAUAUGUUACCCAUCUUUAAUCCUGUUUUCAUUCUUCAUAUGUACAGCAGUAUUUUUAAUAAAGAAUACCAGAAAUAACGUAGCCUUCUUUUGAGCAUGCUAAGUGCUGUAGUUGGGUAGUGCUUUUCACAUCUUAAGUAUUGGAAGUAUAUUGCAUUCCAUCAUAUUCCUUUUGUAUUUCAGUCUGUAAAUGACUCCAGCACAGGGUUGUAACAAUCAUGACUUGCAAACUGCAUUUAAUGUUUUUCACUUACAGUAAAUCACAUGGCCUACAAUUUCUAGAUACUGUUCACUAGACAUAGUAAUGUGCAUUUCCUUAACUUCCAAGUCAAAGUAGUAGCUCCUUUUUGCUUGUAUUAAAUCAGGCCCACAUUACUAGAUUAGCCCGAAUUCUGAGAAACUGUAUUAAAAAUACCUUUACGUCCAUGUUUAUUAAGCUCUCUUGUCCAAUGACAAUAUGUACGUUAGCUUCUCUGAAAAUUACACAUGGGAUAACUGACCUCUUUGAUGCCCAGGAUUAUUUGUUCUGUAUUGUUAACCAGCAAAAGUGACUUACUGGUGGGGUAAAGUCCUCUGUACCCAUACCCCCCAUGCCACAUGUUUAUGUAAUUGUAAAGUCAUGAAAAUUUUGUAAAAUACAUGUGAAAUUGUCAAUAUCUUUGUUUUUUUUUCCUUGCAUAAACUUAAUCUGGACUGUUGGUCCCUUAAAUUGCAUUAUUGCUUUAGAAAGUUUAUUUUGCACAUAUGACUAAAAUAAAACUGCAGCAAGCUUGCUUGGUGCACUCUUCUCAAAA